AUGGCAAAUCCUCCAUUCACCUACAUAAUAGACGACUCCGAUCUUCAGAUUCAGUACUCGGUAGGAUGGCGACGCGGAGGUCGUGAUGAUGAGUUUAACACAACCACUACGCUCACGUCAACUGCCAAUGCAAGUUUCACUCUGAAUUUUGUUGGUACAUCGAUCAGUGUCUUCGGCACCGUCGACGGUCACAAUAACUCUACCUACGAAAUCGACGAGGGCGGCCCCUGGGAUUUUUCGAAGGAUACCAAGGGCCAGCGGAAGCCCGGCAUAUUGUUUUACGAGUCGCCUACCUUGCCUCUUCAAAAGCACAAGCUGGUCGGGACCAACAUCAACAAGAAAAUCAUCCUCGAUUACCUUGCCAUUACUUCCCCCCCUACGCCGGAGAACGUAUUCUCUUCAUCUGCAACCCUGGAUGUCCCUUCUGUCGUGACGGGCAGUUUUCCCGGGCCUUGCGAAGGUCACUCGUGUGUCCCCAAGGACAAUAGUUUACUUUGGGUCAUAUGGUACAUCUGGCGUGGUGGUAGGGAGGCGCAUGGAUCUGACGCUAUGGGUGGAGUCAGGCCCUACGACGUUGAUUCGUCUAGUGCAGACACUCUUGGGAAGCGGUCACGGUGA